AUGGAUCUUCAUAAUCUUGCCACAGUUAUAACACCAAAUAUUCUUUAUUCAAAAUCAAAAGAUCCAUCAAAAGAUGAAUCAUUUUUAGCAAUUGAAGCUGUUCAUAAUUUAUUAAAAUAUCAAGAUGAAUUUUGGGUGGUGCCUGAUGAUUUAAUGGCAAUUUUAGAAGUUCAAGAUUUAUUUAGUAAUCCAGAAGUGCUGACAACAAAAGAUAUUCUUAAGAGAUGUGAAGAUUUUGUUAAAUCAAAGAAAAUGCAAAAUCCAAUAAGUGAAGUAGGAGAAAAUAAAGUUAGUGGUGGUAGUGGUUAUAAUAGCUUUAACGGUAAUAAUACCACCAAUAAUGGUAGUGUUGGGCAAAAGUAUGAAAUAGUACGUCAUCAGCAUCAAAAUGCACCUCAACAACGUGAUUAUGCUGAACCAUAUCAUUCACCCAACCUUGUUAAAGAGAAUCCUAUUCAAAUAAGGCAAUAA